GUUUCCCCCCAGGCGCGCCUGCCGAGCGCCGAGCCGCCGAUAGCGAUGGCUGCUGCAAGUCUCUGAGGAAUCUUGGAGGCCCAGAGUCGCGGCCGGAGGUCGAGAAUAGACUGCCGGCCGCGUUUUGGAAGCCUCAGGGCGUGAGGGACGGUGCCGGCCAGCUCGGAGCCGCCACCGAGAACGCGGCGGUGGCUGAGAUUCCUCUUGCUGAAGAGAGGAAAUCUCAUCCAAGGCCACAAUGUCACUUCCGGAUUAUCCAUUGACUGCCUGCUUAAGCUAACACUGCCAGAAUCCUGCUCCCUUGGGAGGAAUCAAGCUGACUUGGCAUGAGGGUCCUGCCUUCCUGGGUUUGAGAGAAGUACAACUAUGGCUUCUCUUGAUGACCCAGGGGAAGUGAGGGAAGGCUUCCUGUGCCCUUUGUGCCUGAAGGACCUUCAGUCUUUCUAUCAACUUCAGUCACAUUAUGAAGAAGAACACUCAGAAGAUCGUGAUGUCAAAGGACAAAUUAAAAGUCUAGUUCAGAAGGCUAGGAAAGCAAAGAACAAGUUGUUGAAACGUGAAGGGGAUGAUCGAGUGGACCCAGGGACCCAGGGAUAUGAAUCAUUCAGCUAUGGAGGGGUUGAUCCUUACAUGUGGGAACCCCAGGAGCUUGGUGCUGUAAGAAGCCAUCUUUCUGACUUCAAAAAACAUCGUGCUGCAAGAAUCGACCACUAUGUUGUUGAAGUCAACAAAUUAAUAAUCAGGUUGGAGAAGCUCACUGCAUUUGACAGAACAAAUACUGAGACUUCAAAGAUUAGAGCAAUAGAAAAGUCCGUGGUGCCUUGGGUCAAUGACCAGGAUGUCCCUUUCUGUCCAGACUGUGGGAAUAAGUUCAGCAUCCGGAAUCGCCGUCACCACUGCCGCCUCUGUGGGUCUAUCAUGUGCAAGAAAUGUAUGGAGCUCAUUGGCCUGCCCUUGGCAAAUAAGCUCACCAGUGCCAGCAAGGACUCCCUGAGCACCCAUACCAGCCCCAGCCAGUCACCUAACAGUGUCCAUGGCUCCCGCCGGGGCAGCAUCAGUAGCAUGAGCAGUGUCAGCUCAGUCCUGGACGAGAAGGAUGAUGACCGCAUUCGCUGCUGCACACACUGCAAGGACAAGCUGCUCAAGAGAGAGCAGCAGAUGGACGAGAAGGAGCACACACCUGACAUCGUGAAGCUCUACGAGAAACUACGACUUUGCAUGGAGAAAGUUGACCAGAAAGCUCCUGAAUACAUCAGGAUGGCAGCAUCUUUAAAUGCUGGGGAGACAACCUACAGUCUGGAGCAUGCCAAUGACCUUCGAGUGGAAGUGCAGAAAGUGUACGAGCUAAUAGAUGCUUUAAGUAAGAAGAUCUUAACCUUGGGCUUGAACCAGGACCCUUCACCACAUCCAAACACUUUGCGGCUACAGAGAAUGAUCAGAUAUUCAGCUACACUAUUUGUGCAGGAAAAGUUACUGGGGUUAAUGUCACUGCCAACCAAAGAACAGUUUGAAGAACUGAAAAAGAAAAGGAAGCAGGACUUGGAACAGAAGAGGACCAUGGAGAGACAGGCUGCUCUGGAGUCCCGGCGGAAGCUGGAGGAAAGGCAAAGUGGUUUGGCAUCUCCUGCAGCCAAUGGGGAAGUGAGGUCUCUCCGAGGCAUCUCUGCCCCCUUGAGAAAAGCUGAGGGCUGGCUCCCACUGUCAGAAGGUCAGGGACAGAGUGAAGACCCUGACCCUCUUCUCCAGCAGAUCUACAACAUUACAUCCUUCAUCAGGCAGGCCAAGGCCGCAGGCCGCAAGGAUGAGGUGCGCACACUGCAGGAGAACCUGCGGCAGCUGCAGGAUGAGUAUGACCAGCAACAGACGGAGAAGGCCAUUGAGCUGUCCCGGAGGCAGGCUGAGGAGGAGGAGCUGCAGCGGGAGCAGCUGCAGAUGCUCCGCAGACGGGAGCUGGAGCGAGAACAGGAGCAGUUCUUGGCGGCAUCCACACACACACGGACUCGAGCGCUAGACCUCCGCGAAGUCAUAUCCUUCCAGUUGGAGCCCAACCGAGGGCCUCACAGUGAUCUUGCCUAUGCCUUGGAUCAGGAUUCCUCCCCAGUUCUUGGCAGCACUGCCCCAGAUACCCUUUCACCUUGCUCAGCUCUAGCACCCAGUCACUUGUGGUCUGGACCCCCAGCCCUUGGUCAGGAACUACUCCAGAGCACCGUAUCACAACAGAGUGAUAAGACCUCUCUCAACCCAUUUGAUGAAGAAGAUCUUGCCAGCCCUACAGAGGGUGCUGCCAGCCCUGCUACUGCAGAGGCUUUCCUGGGCCCUUCAGCUGCUGUCACCAGAGAAUAUAAUCCUUUUGAGGAAGAUGCCGAGGAAGAGGGGGUGGCAGAGCUAGGGGUAGGGAAGCCCGUCACUGACUCAAACAGUGCAGCCCCCAACCCCUUCGAGGAGGAGGACCAUCCCAGGCCUACCAGCCCACCUGCCCCCAACCCCUUUGAGGAGGAGGACCAUCCCAGGCCUGCCAGCCCACCUGCCCCUGGAAACCCUUUUGAGGAGCGCCCCUGCACCAACCCCUUCGAGGUGGACAGUGACAGUGGCACAGAGACUGAGGAGCACAUUGAGGAGGAGCUGCUCCUGCAGCAGAUUGACAACAUCAAGGCUUACAUCUUUGAUGCCAAGCAGUGUGGUCGAAUGGACGAGGUUGAAGUGCUGACAGAGAAUCUUCGGGAGCUGAAGUGUACCCUGGCUAAGCAGAAGGGGGGCCCUAACUGAUGGCAGUGUGGAGGAACCAGGCAGAGUCUUGGGCAACUGGGUACCAAGGGGAAGGAGGAGAUGGGUCGGCAUCUGGAUGCACAAGGCUGAGGGGUGGGAACAGUAGUCUCUUGCUGUGCUCUUGGAGGCAUUUCCACUACAGUUGAACAAGAAAACAAAUCGGCAUUCAUUUGCUGGUUUUUCUGUAUUAUUAUUUUUUUUAACAAAAUGUUCCCUUUUCGGGGGACUUUACCAUUUCAUUUCUGAGAUACAGUUCAGUGCAACUCUGUUGGGCCAAGGCAGAAAUGGCUCCUGGGCACCUCUUGGUCCGUUUCCUGCUAACUGUUCUUGGUCAUGAUGCAGUAUUAUAGAUCAGCCCUUGACGGGCCCCUUCCUGUAAGGGCUCUGGCAGAAGUCUGUCCCGAUUUGGCUGCUCCCCUUCACCACCUCCCGUGCUUGGGCUGUCUCCUGGACACUUAGGGAGAUGCUGCUAUGAAGGGAAGUCUGGACCCAGGAGGACCAGUGCCUCUUUUUGGAUCGUGGGGAUGUUGCCAGUGUUGUCCCUUCUCAGUUAAAGGAAGUAGUUUCCAAGUGCAGGGGAGUUGGAGUGAGCUUGAUUACAAGAUAGGAGUGACCAGCUUUUUGGUGGUUGUUGUGGUUUGGAAAAGUCUCUACCUGGGCAGUUGUCUGUCCCUGGAAGCCUUCCAGGGCUUUGGCAGAAUGACUACUCUCCAGGUCACAUGAAGGGCCUGUGUGUGGUUUGGGAAUCUGACCAGGAAGCUUCUGUGAAGUUUUGACAGGAGAUAGAACACUUCUGAGUCGGGAGAUAAGUUCUAAUAACUUCCAAGGCUCUCCAGUCAGCCUUCUUCACUGUGGUUCAUCCUGACCUGGGAAACUGGUGAGAUGUUUCUCACUACUUUGAGUACUAAGAAACAGGAAUAUUUGAUGCAUAGCCUCAGAUCAUUCCGCAGUCCUGAAGUACUUGAACUCUGAUAGGGACAGAAAGGGAUGUAGCAUAGUGCUAAACAUUGGUUUACAGGAACAGAUAGAUGGGUUGACAGAUGACAUUGUAAGAUCCUGGUGUGCUCAGCUCUGUGUAAUCUCUGCAAUGAUGCUCUUUAGUUAAUGGGCAAUAACUGACCACUAGUCACUUUACCCCUUAGCCAUGGCUUCUGUUGGUUAUUGGUGUAUGAGCUGAAAUUCUUUUGUCACAUUCUGAGUAAGAUCCAUCUUGGUGGUAAGAAUGGCAUCUGGGUGCAAAGAUCUGUUUGGGCAGCUGUUCAUUAGUACUUGUUGGGGCUUUGUCUGGGUAGGUAGUCCUGCUUGGGGCUGUGGGAAGAGUUGGAGAGGGAGGGUAAUGUCAGCAGAUGUUUACUGACCAAUGAGUGUAUUACCAGUGCCAGUCAGUGGCCAGCUCUCUUGGUGCCAUGGGCUGUUCUGGGAGGUGGGCAACCUGGCAUCCAUGUUUCCUGGGGCAGGCAUCUUCUCUUCCUAAGGCCCAGGCUCUAGAUUCUGUUGCCCUAGGGUUCCAGGCAUACCAGCAUAUCCUCCCUGCUUGGACUGCCUUUUGUCUGACCGAAGAGGAGGCAGCUGUCUACACAGGAUGAAGCUGAACACUGGGUCCCACUACCACUUUUCCUGACCUAGAUCAGGUAUUCAGGGCAGUAUGGCUGUAGACAUUGCUUUUCUUAUGAGACAGGGUUUCUUUUUUUUUUUUCCCCCCCAUAGCUGAGGAUCGAA